AUGGCUGCGGUGGUGGCCAAGCGGGAAGGGCCGCUGUUCAUUAGCGAGGCCGCUGUGCGGGGCAACACCGCCAUCCUGGAUUACUGCCGGACCUCAGUGUCAGAGUUGUCGGGGGCCACAGCCGGCAUCCUCGGCCUCGCCGGCCUAUACGGCUUCAUCUUCUACCUGCUUGCCUCCAUCCUGCUCUCCUUGCUCCUGAUCAAAUAUUUUAAGUCACGAAGACCUCUUUUCACGGGAGGUCUCAUCGGAGGCCUCUUCACCUACGUCCUGUUCUGGACAUUCCUCUAUGGUGGUAUAGCACUGGCCCUAGAAAGAGCCCACACCCCAGCAGCUGACAGCCAGGAGGGAGGGGGCGACUGCAGCAGCUUCGAGAGCAGGGGCGGUGGCCUGCGCUGCCAGCGCGCCCCAGGCCCCGGCCCACCCCGCAGCCCCAGGCCAGCAGCCCCGCGCCCACCGCCAGCAUCGCGCCCUCCCGCCGCCUUUACCCUCCAUUGGGCCCGAACCACGCAACCUCUGCCGGGCCUAGCCUACCCGGCACACUCCAGGCUCACCUCUUCUCCCCGCCGCCACACCAAGGGGAGAGAGCAGGCGGACGGAUUGGCGGCGCUGCGUACUGGCAGCUCCCGGAUCCGCUGCCUCCAGGCUUUGCCGACCGCCCCGCCCCGCUACGCCCCGCCGCCGCAGUGGGUGUGA